GGACUUGAUUCAGUUCGCUUUUGUCUCGCCCAGUGGCAGGUUGUCCCAGACGGUCCUUUGCGAGCAGCCCGACGCAGUCAACGCUCUCGACGUACAUUUUCAGUUGACAAUUUGAAAGCGGAUUCAUCAACUAAGGCGUUGCCGAGGCAUCCUUGUCAACAGUGCUCAUCAGUUGGUUUCUUGGCACUUGAUACCGGACAGAUUGCAUUCUGCACUGACUGAGAGAUUGGCCAAGCAUUUGGCUCGAAAACAGUGGCAAUCAGUUGCCUUUUGGCAGGAGAAACAAUGCAAAAUUAAGCCAAGGCCGCAAUGCAGCUGGAUAUAAAUUGUGAUUAAAGAAGCGUCCAGCGAGGCGGAAGACAGCAAAACUUUGCUUGGCACAGCUGCCAAGAAGCAAAAGACAAAACGAGCUGCAUUUGUUCUUGAUUUAUUACAAUUCUAUACAAGUUUUUGGCAGCAAGGAGACGCACCAAAAAGUACACAAUAUGCCAGCGGGUCGGGUGGCCGGUAAAGCCGGCUACUCCAAUCACUAUUACAAUGGGCGUUCGUAUGUGGGCAUUAACGAGGAAAUUAUGUGGGUCAGCAUUGGCAUGGGCGUGACUAUCGCACUCCUUAUAACGAUUGCAUUGUGCUACAUUGCACGAGAGAAGUGUCAGAAACGUCAGCGCGAAUAUUACGUGACAGCAUAGUUAAUGUAUGCAGCCGGUGAGUGUGGUUUGCCAGCGGCUACGCACUGCAUCAUCCAAAUGGAUGUGGAUGUCGAUGUGGAUGUAGGCGAAGCGCAGGCCUUGUCAAUCACAGCGGCCAUGGCAGCAACGCCCCAAGCAGCAGGCGCAACUGCGUCAGCCCCAACCGAUCCCGGCCCAGGACCACAGUCAGAGCCCCAGCCACAGCGCGAGCCCGAGCCCGAGCACGAACCAGCGGAGUCAGCGGUCACCAUCAUGAACUGGACUGUUGUUGACAUUUGUGGUGCUCGCAGUUGGGGUUAACCCAAAAGGAAAACAUAACCCACCAUUUAAAGCAAACACCCACAAGCGCAUACACAUACAAAUAAUGCAUGGCACAGACGGCUGCCAUAGGCAGCUCGUUACAAAUUUUUUUUCCGUGUAAUCAAGAACUUGUUGUAAUCAUAGAAAAGAGCCGCAAGCUGUAUAACUUAAAAACAAUGUUAUUAAAUUUGCCAAGAUAUAUUAAUAUA